AUGACCAGACAUGCAGCUGUGGAACUAGGGGGAACCUCUAUCCGCCUGGCAAUCUGUGAAGAUACACCCUUAAACAUCAUCGCCACCCACGAACUGAACACCACCACGCCCGACGAAAGCCUGGGCGCAUGUAACAAGUGGCUCGAGGAGAACAAGCCCUUUGUGUCCAUCGGAAUCGCUUCCUUUGGACCUGUUGACCUAGACCCAAACAGCGAGACAUAUGGCCACAUCACAACCACCCCUAAGCCCCAUUGGGGAAUGGCGGAUGUCGUUGGCAAGUUCAAACACUUCGACGUACCCAUUGGCUUCGACACUGACGUAAACGCCCCUGCUCUGGCGGAGAUCGAGUACGGAGAUCAUGG